AUGUCGGCCGCCCUCACCGUCGACGCUAUUCUAUUUGGUUUGCUAGUCUUUUGUGGCAUUCUGGGAAACAUCCUGGUCAUCUAUGUGGUGGUGCAGGCUUCCACCCAGAGUCCAUCAAGGAGACUCCCCCCCUCGGAUACGAUCUUGGUGCAUUUAUCGCUGGCUAACCUUCUCACUUCGCUGUUCCGCACCGUGCCCAUAUUUGUCUCGGACUUGGGCUUGAAUGUGAGUCUGUCCCCGGGUUGGUGUCGGGUCUUCAUGCUGCUGUGGGUGUGGUGGCGAGCGGUGGGCUGCUGGGUGACGUUGACGCUCAGCAUCUUCCACUGCACCACGCUACGUCGGCAGCACGUCAACUCCGGACCUCAGGCCCAGCAGCGGGAGAGGCGUCGAGUGUGGAUGGUUUUGGGCGUGGUGUGGGGCGCCAAUCUGGCUUUCGCUACCCCGGCUCUGGUCUACAGCACCCACGUCCACGGUAACGCCACAGUGGAACUCAUGGUCAUCAGCUGCACCACACGGCCUCUGCUGGGGUGCGUUUGGGAGUUCCCUUCCAGUCAGCAGGGGGCAGCGUUCGCCUCGGCUUCGCUGGCUCUGAAUGAGGUUCUUCCCCUGGUGCUGAUGGUGUGCACCAACUUAGCCACCCUGCGUUCCCUGGUCAAGCACAUCAGAGCGGUGGCGGCGGCCGGGGAACACGGCGAGCUGGACAAGCACGCGUCCACCGAGCGCAAAGCGGCUCACGUCAUCUUGCUCAUGGUGUCGCUCUUUGUGGUCUGCUGGGUGCUGCAGGUGGCCGCCGUGACCUACUACAACCACGACGGAGGGCACCACGCCGAGGGCCUGCUGACCGUGGCCCACUUCUCCGCCUCGCUGUUUGUGGGCUUCUGUCCCAUGGUGGUGGCCCUGGGGCACGGCAAACUGAGGAAGAGGAUCGUGGGCAUGGUCAUGGGCUGGUCCAAAGUUCUUCAACGGCGCCGUGCGGACACGAAGUCACCGCAGGCUGAAGGGAAGAAGGACAAACAAACGUUUUUUGUCGUUGACAAGCAGAGGAAUCACAAACACGGAGGAGAGAGUUAG